CCGUGAGCUGUCAUUCGUUGGAGGGAGCCUGCCGGUUCGAUCGUGUCAUCGGCGGAGUGGAGCAGCCGUGAGUGCUGUCCAAAUGUAAAUGAACCAUUGCAACGCUAUACGUGUUUGUCAACCGAGAAUCGUCGUUGGCAAAAGGACUUUUCUGUCCAUCUUUUCAGUGUGCUUGAAUUGAAGAUUAGGGCGGGAAGGCGGAGAUUGAACGAGACUAUUUCGAAUCACGGGUCAACGCGGAGAUUGUCAUUGCCUGGAAGGGACUUGAGCACACUCCACUGGCCUUGGAGUUAAACACACUUUGAAUUUGGAGCAUCAGCUGAAGCAAAAUCCAUCCAGGUGACUGACUCGCCUGCUCGCUCCUACUGACCAUGUGGAGUGUAUGUGCGGCAGUCCUGGCACUGGCCUCCUUGACUGGCCUAACCUCGGGAGACACUGACUCACAGCGGCCCAGACGUGACUCAAACUUGGAAAUCUAUAAGCGUAUGUUUGAAACCAAGAGGAAAGAUCAGCUCAACGCGCUUAAGAAUCUAGUUGAACUGAAUGAUAUUAACCAGCAAUAUAAGAUCAUCGACAUCAUGCUCAAAGGCCUCUUCAAGGUCUUGGAGGACUCCAGACAAAUCCUUGUCACAGCCAACAUGCAGCCUGACGACCCAUUCCCUCUGGAUGAUAAAGUCAAAGAAGCUUAUUCCCACGUAGUGGAAAAUACAGCAUUUUUCGGCGAUGUGGCAUUGCGCUUUCCACGGAUUGUCCACCACUACUUUGACCGGAACACUGAUUGGGGAGGUCUGCUGCGCUGGGGACUGAAUUUUUGUAAUCAGACUGGAGUUUUCACUGGUGGAGCCCACCAACAUGUCCUCACGCUGAUGUCGCAGGAACUGGGAAUAACAGAGAAAUCUCCAGAUUUCAUCAACCCUUAUCGGACAGAAAGAGACGAUGUGCUCCACACGGCUGAGGCCUUCCAGAAGAUCCUGCGGGAGGAAGAGAAGAGGAGAAGGAAGGAGGAGAAGAGGAAAGAAAUUCGAAAAGGCCCUCGUAUAUCUCGCUCUCGAAGCGAGCUAUAGCAGCAUACCUCAACGAGGCUUGGUGGAAAUACAGAUGGAAAUGAAGGGAAGUACAGAAUGGACUCUGAUGACCGAGUAGGGAACAAAAGCCCUUUGUCAUAAAAAAAAUAAAAUAAAGAUGUGCAUCUUGCAACAUCAAAUGAAACAUCAAUAUGAUGUUAAAAACAAAAUGUGUGCAUUAUUAGAGAAGAGGGUUGACUUAGGGUUGGAAUUGCUCCACCCUGACUGACAGUCAUUUAUUAUUAGAAGAGAGUAAGAAGUAAGACAAGUCUCUGAAAAGUACACGUCUUAUCAUUUAUUGUUAAAUUGUGAAGGUUUGAAUAUGAGCUGUUUUGGAAUUAGGUUCGUCUACGUCAGGGUCGUCAAACUGUCGGGUUUUGUGUGGCCCGUGAAAUCAUACAGUGCCUUGCAAAAGUAUUCGGCCCCCUUGAACCUUGCAACCUUUCGCCACAUUUCAGGCUUCAAACAUAAAG